AUGGAUGCUGCCGGCUCAGCACUGAGAGGAUGCAAGUUAAACCUGGCCCAAUUAACCACCUGGGUUGAUGACCUGGACAACAGAAGCCGCAGGCUGAACCUCCGGGUCCGGGGAGUGAAGGAGGGCGGCCUGUUAGAGAACAUCCCAAACGUUCUGCGCACGAUCUUUAGCUAUGUGCUGAGAGGCCAACAGAUCACUAGACUGGGUCUAGUUCGAGCCCACCGCACGCU